AUGUUCAUCGGGACAUAUCGAGGUAAACAUCGACAUCCAUCAGAUCUGAGACAGAUACUGGAUCGAGCCAAGGAGAAGGGUGUUGAAAGGAUUUUGAUCACCGGAACAAGUAUGGAAGAGAACAAAGAAGCUCUGAAAUUGGCUAAAGAGUAUGAUUUACAUUGUACGGCAGGAUGUCAUCCUACUUCUACAUCUGAAAUCUCAAAUUAUCCUCUUGGAGUAGAAGGGUACAUCAGCGAUUUGAGAAAACUCAUUAGCGAAGAUAGAGGAGAAGGAGGUUCUAAAAGGAUAAUAUCAUUUGGGGAAAUUGGAUUAGAUUACGAUAGACUACAUCAUUCAUCUCGUGAAACUCAAUUACAGCACUUACCGAAUCUACUCAACUUAUCAAAAGAAUUCAAACUUCCUCUAUUCCUUCAUUCACGUACAUCCGAAUCACACAUUGAUUUAGUAAAAAUACUCAAGGAUAUAGGAUGGAAUACUGGAUGGGGUGGUGGAGUCGUACAUUCUUUCACUGGAACAGAGGAUGAAAUGAAUGAAUUGAUAGAUAUGGGUCUAUAUAUUGGAAUCAAUGGGUGUUCACUUAAGACAACAGAGAAUAUUCAUGUCGUGAAACAGAUUCCAUUGAACAAGAUAUUACUUGAGACUGACGCUCCAUGGUGUUCAAUAACUACUUCUCAUGCAUCACAUCAAUACCUCCCUUCCAUCGAUUCAGGAUUGGUGAUUGAAAAAGUUAACAAGCCUGAGAAAUACAAAGAUAGUUUAGGCGUUAAAGGCAGACAAGAACCUGGUGAUAUCGGAGUAAUCGCACAUAUCGUAGCUUCAUUAAAAGAUAUCACGAUCCAAGACUUAUCGGAACAAGUUUGGGUGAAUACUUUGAAUUUAUUCUAUCCUUCCGAAGUACAAGUAGACAAAUAG